GAUGAAGUUGUGCUUAAAAGUCGCGAGAAUGCAGUUUGUCUCGCUGCAUAAGGUAAAGCAGUUUGUGGUAUCGUACCCUCUGAAAGUUGAUUCUCCUCCAUCUUUGACCUCUCUCACGUGCCCAAGACAGUCAUUUUCCUAGCUAGCAUUUGCCAUGGCUUUAUCGCAGGCAGCGCUUGCAGCUGAGAAGACCGUCGGUCAUGGAGAGAACUCCAUUACGGCGCAAGAUAUCAGCAAUCCCGCGAAAGACCCCUCAAAGCUCGGUGAUUCAAGUGAUACAAUGCUUGCACUAGCUUGGAUGGGGAAGAACAAGGUCGAAGUUGUGAAGGCACCAAAACCGAAAAUUAUCGAAGACCGGGAUGUCAUUCUCAAAGUGACAGGUAGCACCGUGUGCGGCUCCGAUCUUCACCUUCUUCACGGCACCGUAGUCGAGCUCGAGAAAGGGGAUAUUCUCGGUCACGAGUUCUGCGGUAUUGUCGAUGAGGUUGGCAACAGUGUGCGCAACGUGAAGAAAGGUGACCGAGUCGUGGCCUCGUUCCAGAUCGCAUGCGGGGAGUGCUAUUUCUGUAAGCAGAAGCUCUCCAGUCAGUGCGAGAAGACGAACUCGAACACUAUCGAAAAUGCAAUGUAUGGAGGCAGGACCGCAGGCAUGUUUGGUUACUCGCACUUUACGGGCGGUUUUGCUGGUGGUCAGGCUGAGUACGUUCGCGUGCCAUGCGGUGACGUUAACCUUUUAAAACUCCCUGACUCUGUACCGGAUGAAAAGGGCCUUUACUUAUCAGAUGUCUUAGCGACUUCUUGGAACUGCUGUGUCGAUACCGGGGUCAAGAAGGGGGAUGUUGUUGCCAUAUGGGGAGCUGGUCCAAUUGGCCAGAUGUGCGUGGACUUCUCCUUUUUGCUAGGAGCGAAACGAGUCAUUGUCAUUGAUUCUAAUUGGCGGCUUGACUUCAUUAAAGAGAGAUAUCCUAAAGCAGAGACUCUCGACUUUACGAAGCUCAAGCGUGGUGAGUCUGUGGCAAGUAAGCUCAAAGAGCUUGUGGAUAAUAGAGGACCUGAUGUCGCCUUGGAGUGUGCUGCUGGUGAAUAUGCGAAAGGUUGGGCCCACUACUUCGAGAUGCUUCUAGGCAUGGAAACGGAUACAAGUGAAAUCAUCAACGAGAUGAUCACAAGUGUUCGCAACUUUGGUCGAUGUGGCAUCACAGGUGUUUACGUUGGCUAUACCAACCAUUUCAACAUAGGUUCUUUAAUGGAACGUGGUAUCAGACUGAUUGGAAAUGGUCAGGCGCCAGUGCACCUGUAUUGGGAGAAGCUCCUCGGAAUGAUCGAGAGGGGGGAGAUCGAUCCUCUCAAAAUGGUGACGCACCGUGUCCGCAUCGAGGAUCUCGACAAGGUCUACUAUAAAUUCGAGAACAAGGACGACGGUAUGCAAAAAAUAUUCGUUCAAACAAGGUUUUCAGCACCAUCUUGUGGAGGCUCCCCAUCUUUGACCGUGUAUUCCUAGGUCAGUUGUAUCACACAUACAAUUAGAGCUGUUCGAAUGACAGAAACCACGAAAGAGGGACAAUGUUCAUUCAAGUGGAUUCAUAUUUCAGAUACAAAUGUGCAUCGAUGAUAAGCGUGGAUACCACAAUCAAUUCAUUGAAACGCCAAGCCUUGGAGUCUCCAAGAUUGAGGGUGAAGGAUUCGUUUGAGUUAUGCUGACUUGGAGCCAGUCAGGAUGAAUCACGCGUAAGCAGUGUUGGCUCUGCUC